CACACGCAGUCAGUCAGGGACUGUUUUAACACACAUACAACCAGGGGCACACUCGGCAAGAGCGGCAUACAAUCAUGUAUUUUAAUAGAAAUCGUGGCCGCUGAAAAACGUGCUUUCGAUGCAUUGACCUGGUGCUUCGGGGGAAGGUGACAGGCGCUCAGUUUAAUUCUCGAUUAUUUAUUAAUGUCCAUUUUUGAUGUCCGAGAGAGAAAUGAGUGCCGAGGCCGGGCCUAGUGCAAAUGCUGCUGGGAUUUUGCAUAUCCGCUUUCACAAAUUGACAAAAAGUAACGCUACAUGCUCGAAUUUGAAGAGCUUUCCGGUGGUUUUGUCGUGACCGAGUCGUAAAUGGAUGGAGCCAUGACAACAUGAAUCAAUCCUACAAAGUGGCUGGCAGGGAUGGCUCGGAGUGUCGUGGUGAUCCACAGGAGACCAAGGCACUUGAUAGCCGCAUCAGCUCCUGUGGACACCAGAGCACAAAGCGACAGGGGGACCAGGGGUCUGCCAUGCAUUUCUUAAACUCUGGCUACAAACUCUCGGCAUCGCCGUUUGUGUACAAUCAGAGAGAAUCCACCUCCAACUACAGUCCGCUGAGGAGACUUCAGGAUCUGACCACUAUGGUGAACCAUCCCGACAUGAGUUUGCAGGACAAGGACUUUCACGGACGAAGUAAAUUGCUCAAGCACAAUCCCAUCGGAGGAGGAGAGUUCGGAAUAGGCCUUUAUCACGCAUCCAAUUCGCAAGGAAACACUGACAGGACUACUAUUCAGGAUCUGGACAAAAAUGGUUUCUCACCAGUAAGCUCUGAUAGCUUGGAACAUUUUCCAUCCAUCUCAAAUGGAAUUUUGCAUUUUGAGUCAACCCUGUUUGAUAGUGGGGACAGCAAGGAUAAUGAUGAGGAGGCGCAUGAUAGGGGUAAUGCAGUGGCACCGUUUAAAGACAUGUCAAAGAAGUGCCUGAAAAGAAAUCUGGCAAAUAUAAAGGCUCCUAGCAGCCACAGGCUGGACCUAAGUACAAAUAAACAUGGAAGUUGUAACCUUGUUUCUAAAAAUACAGUGAAGUCUAACCCUUCUGGUAGUCCCUCACAUUUGCCUGUCGAGAUCAUGAUGGAGGAUUUUGACAGUAUGGAUGAUUAUUCAGACAGUGACUGUGAUCUACCCAGCACUGAGAACAGUGCUUCAAUAUUCAACUCCGGUCUCUCUAAAAGACCAAAUUCACCCAGUGACUCCCAUUCGAAUCCUUCCAACAGCCCAAAGAAGAAACAGCUCCCAGGUAUAAAGUACUCUGUUGAAGAUGUCGUGUGGGCCAAAUUCAACCGCAGACCCUGGUGGCCUUGUCAUGUAACCACUGACCCACAGAUUGAAGUCCACACCAAAAUGAAAGAUCCCAGUCGUCGGCCAUGUCGUCUUUAUUUUGUCAGAAUGUUUGGGGAGAUCGUAGACCAAGCUUGGGUCCCGGCAAAAGCCACUUUUCCUUUUGAAGGAGGUCAUCAGUUUGAAAAACUGCCUGUACUUAGACGAAGAGGAAGACAGAAGGACAAAGAUUACAAAUACACGGUUCCCAAACGUCUAAUGCCAUCAUGGAAAACUAGUGUCUUGGAGGCAGAGGCAGCACUGACCAAAUGGUUAAAUAGCGAACCUCCAUUGACUUUAAUUCGGGAUGUGCACAUGCCUAUUACAGAAGACAAGGCACCAAAAAGUCCUGCUUGCCCGACAUCUACUACCCAGUCCACAUUAUCAAGCUCACUUUUGUCCAAUGUACUAGAUGCAUCCGUUAAGAACAAAGGAAAACCUGGCACUGGAAGCAAAAAGAAGGCAACUAAGAAGAACAGCUCAACUGUAAAAUCUCCUGUGAAACUAAUUGUAAACUCUUUAUCAUCUAAACCAUUAUCAAUCACUUCAUCGGACAGCUACAAACCUUCCACAGCUGCCGAACGGCACAAACCAGACCCCCUAGAUAGUCCGUAUUCAGAUAUUGACUCUGUCCCAAGGAUUCUGUGUCCCAAACGUUCACAGCAAUUGCCACAGGAAGAGGCGGUGAAGGAACUGAGCACUAAACAUAAGAAAGUACAGCCAAGUAAAAAGAUGAAAAAAGCCAACAUGGAUAAGCCGGUGAAGAAGACAGAGGCUGGUUCAAAAUGCACAACCAACAGUAAGCUAAAGAAGUCAACACCCAAAGAAAAAACACUUAGGGCUACGAACUCCAGACAGAAGAAAAGCAGUUCCCCAGGGUCCUCGGAUGGGUCUUUUGCCAUGCACUCUUUCUAUUUACCUGCCAGCACUGGCUUAAUCUCAAGAGCACUUGCCGCCAGUGAAGAAACCAAGGAGAAAGAUUUAAGUCAGGAGCCAAAAUCUCGCUCCCCAUGUGCUGGCGAUGAACGAUCAGAGAUUUACAACAAGUGCUCAUCCCCCACCAACCAUUCUGAGUUGUCAAAACAACAAUGGCAGGAAAAAACGGAGGCCAGCGAAGAGACCACAGAUACCUCUAUCUCUCACACACCACCAAACCCAACUCUUAAGUUUACAAGAAUCCAAAAUGAGGACGUUCAGAAUGGACCUCGACAUAAAGGUUCCAAGUCAGAUGUGACUGAAUCCUCCCUCAAUUCCGUUAAAAUCAAAAACGAGAGCAUGAUCUCAGACACUUCAUCUUCGUCCUUCCCGUCUCCCUCCAUCUCUCCCAUGGACGCUUUCCAGGAUAUAAAGGAGCUUUCUUUCAGGUCUCUUGUCAAAGAGGAAUGCAGCUCAGGAGAACCUUCGCUCCGUGCGGAUUCAAACUACAAAUUCAGCACUUUCCUAAUGCUCCUGAAGGAUCUGCACGACAGCCGGGAGAAGGAAGGGAAACCUUUAACCCUUCCUCCCACCUCUCCAUCCUCUCUCAUCAGGGAAGAACCUUCUCUUAUCCCACCUGGAGAAGAAACAACAAAUGAGGUGCUUUGUGAAAAGAACUGGAAGGCGAUUGCGGAUCAGAACAGUCGGCAGGGAAAGACAUCAAUGCCAAACAGCUCAAAAAAGAGCAAGGCUAAGCCGAAAUCAUCGGUGAAAAAGGAGACACAAAAACACGAUGGUGGGAACAAUUUUGUUUCUCCACUGAAAAAGCGGAACUCAUCAGCAGGUUUGGAUGCACUUGAAAAGAGUUUGCCUCUGUUAGGGGAACUUUCCAACUCUCACCAUGAUGCUGUUCCUGAUGUCUGUGACAAAGGCACCAUCUCCAAGGUUGCUCCUAAAAAGCGAUGGCAAACAUUUGAGUCUGGCAUUGGGAAAAGCACCAAGCCAAAGAGCGAUCCGGUUGGUUUGAAUCAAAAUGUAGUGAAGGAGUCCACGGAGCUAAAUGGAGUUUUCAAAGACAGUCUUGAAGAAACGGCUCAUUCUGACAUCCCUGAUAAAAAAGAUGCUUCAGAAAACAAAAGGCUCAGAAAACCAAGCAAGAGGCUGAUUGAAUGCAGUGAAGAAUAUGAAGAAAUAUUUUCCACAAAGAAAAAAGCAAAGAAAACUCCAGAGUCCUGUAAAACGGGAUCUUUGAUCGCCAACACUAAUGCUGAGCAGCCGGCACCUGAGCAGAUCGCGCCUGAUGCUUUAAGCUCUUCACCUGAAAAACCCUCUGAGCAGGCCACACCAGAGGAGCAGAAAGAACCAGAAGAUGGUCUGGUAUCACCUUCAGCACCAUUAUCGCCAUCCUGUGGAGGUCCAUCGCUAAACAGAGAGUCAUGUGAGAAGAAAUCUGCAUCUUCGGAUAGAAAGAGAGCAUGUAAGACUGUGAAUAAAAUUCUAGACUGCACCGUUGAGGGGGAUUCUGUAAAGGUCCCAAAGAAAGAGGAGAGUAAACACCAAGAUAAUAGCCCAGAUGAAUCAGAUCUCAAAGAUUUGCAGGUGUGUGAGAAAACCGGUGAACUGCUCCUCUGUGAGGGGCAGUGCUGUGGUGCCUUCCAUCUGCAGUGCAUUGGCCUCACUGAGACCCCUAAAGGCCGGUUUAUCUGCCAAGAGUGUAAGACGGGUGUGCACACAUGUUUUGUGUGUAAAAAGCCUGACAAGGAGGUCAGGAGGUGUAUGAUCCCUGUGUGUGGGAAGUUUUAUCACAUGGAAUGCAUACUGAAAUAUUCCCCCACCGUCGCUCAGAACCGCGGCUUCCGCUGCUCCCUCCAUGUCUGUCUGGCUUGCUUCAUCAUCAACCCUGCCAACCCUGGUAUCUCAAAAGGUCGCUUGACCCGCUGCGUCCGCUGCCCUGUGGCCUACCACGCCAAUGACUACUGUAUGGCUGCCGGCAGCGUCCCAUUGGCCAAUAACAGCUUCCUGUGCCCCAACCACUUCACUCCACGCAAAGGGUGCAAAAACCAUGAACACAUCAACGUUAGCUGGUGUUUUGUGUGUUCUGAAGGAGGAAGUCUGCUCUGCUGUGAAUCUUGCCCUGCUGCCUUUCACCGUGAGUGUCUGAACAUUGACAUGCCCCAGGGAAGCUGGUUCUGUAACGACUGUCGAGCGGGAAAGAAACCCCACUACAAGGACAUUCUGUGGGUUAAAGUGGGCCGCUACAGGUGGUGGCCCGCUGAAGUGGCUCAACCAAAAAACGUUCCUGAGAACAUCUACCGCAUGCGGCAUGAGGUGGGGGAGUUUCCUGUGCACUUCUUUGGCUCCAAAGACUACGUGUGGACAUAUCAGGCUCGCUGUUUUCCCUACAUGGAAGGGGAUGCCAACAAUAAGGAAAAAAUGGGAAAGGGUGCAGAUGCUGUCUAUAAGUUAGCUUUAAAUGAAGCAGCCGAAAGAUUCAGGGAACUGCAGGCGGAGAAGGAGAUGAGACAGCUUCAAGAAGACAGGAAGAAUGACAAGAAACCUCCGCCAUACAAACACAUUAAGGUGAACAGACCGAUAGGGAAAGUGCAAAUCAUCACGGCAGAUCUGUCUGAGAUCCCACGCUGCAACUGCAAAGCCGAAGACGAGAACCCUUGUGGCAUUGACUCAGAGUGCAUCAACCGCAUGCUAAUGUACGAGUGUCAUUCUCAAGUGUGUCCAGCAGCGACUCGCUGUCAGAACCAAAGCUUCACCAAACGCCAGUACACCGAGGUGGAGAUCUUCAGGACACUGUCGCGUGGUUGGGGUUUACGCAGUGUGUCUGACAUCAAGAAGGGAGCUUUUGUGAAUGAGUAUGUUGGAGAGGUCAUUGACGAAGAGGAGUGUCGAGCCAGGAUCAAACAUGCACAGGAGGACAACAUCUGCAACUUCUACAUGCUCACACUGGAUAAGGAUCGGAUCAUAGAUGCUGGGCCGAAGGGAAACCAGUCCCGUUUUAUGAACCACAGCUGCCAGCCGAACUGUGAGACGCAGAAGUGGACGGUGAAUGGGGACACCAGAGUCGGGCUAUUUGCAUUGGAGGACAUUCCUACAGGUGUUGAACUCACUUUUAACUAUAACUUGGAGUGUCUUGGUAAUGGGAAGACGGUGUGUAAAUGUGGAGCGCCCAACUGCAGCGGAUUCCUUGGUGUCAGACCAAAGAAUCAACCCUCAUCUGAUGACAAGGUGCGCAAACUGAAAAAGAAGGUUGCAGUGAAGCGCAAGAGCCAGUUGGAGGUCAGCAAGGAGCGCGAGGAUGAAUGUUUCUUCUGUGGUGAUGGGGGGCAGAUUGUGUCUUGUAAGAAGCCUGGCUGCCCCAAGGUCUAUCAUGCCGACUGUCUGAAUCUGUCCAGGAGACCUGCAGGCCGCUGGGAGUGUCCAUGGCAUCAGUGUAAUGUGUGUAGAAGGGAGGCGGCAUCCUACUGCGAGAUGUGUCCCAACUCCUACUGCAAACAGCACCGUGAGGGAAUGCUGUUCAUAUCCAAACUGGACGGCAAGCUGUCCUGCAGCGAUCAUGACCCAUGCGGCCCCGAUCCUCUAGAACCGGGUGAAAUUCGAGAGUACGUGCCCGGUACACCUAUCCUACCCCCUCCGCCCAAUAUGUCAGUGUCAGGCAGAAUACCCCUGCCUGCCUUACCACCUGCUGCUCCGCUCUUCAUUCCCGCCCCCAACAGACCUGCGUUCCAAGCCCAAAGAGACCCGUAUGCAGACGAGGUAGUGGACAAUGUGGUUUUGCCAUCCUCUUCUCCUAAGGACAUCAAGGAGGAAGAUAUGAGCGAUGAAGGCGAGGUGAUGGAAGGGGUGAUCGGGGAUGAAGGGGAAGAUGAAGGCCUUGAGGUCGUGGAUGAUGAUGAAGAAAUGGACUACGGAGGGAUGGGAUUCGAAGACGAGGAGGAAGAAAAGGAAGAGGAGGACUGGGGAGAUGAAUAUGUGAAUGAUGAUUUCGAAGACACUGAGGACUUGGGGGAAGUGGAGGGGGACGACCAGGAAUCAUCAUGGGAUGAGUUUGUCGAAGGAGAAAAGUGAGCUCUGCUGCAUUUAUGCUAGACAUCCAUCUCUCGCAUACAAACUCUCUCUCUGAUGGGCACAGCAGGUGACCGGUAGGGAAAGUCAACUGCCGUUUUUCUGGUUGGUGCCCAGCUGAACUUUUGAGAAUGAUGGACAUCAGCUUGCCUUCUCAACCCAAGGAAAGAGGGUUGGACCUGGUGCUGUGGGACUGAGACUUUUUUUCAGUCCUUUUGUUGGAAUUUAAUUAGUGUCUGGUGCUCUUUUGUGCUUUUUUUACAUUUUCCUCCUGGACUUGUUUACAUUCUCUGAUUUACACAGAAAGAUGACCUCACGGAGGAUUGAAAUGGGGCACCACAAACCAUACGGUUGUGUCUUAUUAAUGAAAUCUGCAUAUAUUUUGAUUACGCUUCAUUGACAUAGAAAAGAGAACAUAAAGCAGCAGAUAAGUAAUGUUUAGUCCCUUCACCAGGUGAUUACAUAGCUACAUCAUUAGGCCAAAAAUGGCUCCACGGGUCACGGUACUUGAAAUAAUUUCUUCAGGUCUGUCUGUUAGUAUCACAGAGUGGCUACAUGAGAAUGAAUGAUAGGCAUCCUAGUACAUUUUUAGCUGGUUUGUGAAUAAAAAUAAAUAAAUAAAAGAGUACUACUAUCAAAAAGGACAAGGAAGUAUGACAUUCCCAGCAUCAUCCUGUUUCAUUUCAAU